UCCAAAGUCAUGGAUGCCCAUUAAUAAAAAAGAGUUCUUAACAAGAAAAAAAACACCUAUUCGGUAUUUUACAAUUUUACAUGGAAUCCCAAUUGAUGUAUGUUUGUGAUAAAGAUUAUCUUCUUAAAAUAAUGUAGAAUAUACACGUAACUAUCUUUCAGCUUUGUUGAUGGAUAACUGCCUUAUAUCCAAAAUGGUUGAAACCAGUUAAUCAUUGCUUCUAACUAGUGAAUAAUUUCGAGAGUUAAUCCCAAGAGUUUUAAUGAGAAGCCGUGACCAGUGGAGUUCAGUUGUGUUAGGUGUGAGGCAGUUACUCAGUAACACGAAUUUCUUAAUGCUAAGAAUGUAAGCUGUUAGAUCUUAGUGGCCCUUUAUUUUGACGCCAAUUAGAUUGGAGGUUGUUGUCGAUGGGCUCACCACUUUAAUGGCCCUACAUCUGACUCCACUCGGAUCGUUUCUGAUUGCUUUCAAAUAAUUGCUGUUGAAAUACACAUCCUGACUAUUCUCGUAUAUAAUAAUCGACUUUAAAGAAUUAAAGAAGUCAAGCACAAGAAUGAAUUUCGAAUGCGUGUAUUUCAUACAAUCGUUGAUCCAGACAAACAAUCGAAUAAACGAAGCACAGAAAGCGAAAUGAAGCGUGGUGAAGAUUUAUGAACCAACUCGAUGUAACCAAGCAUGUAUCGAUAUUUAUAGUCAGAUAAAAAUAAGUUACAGACAUGUGAGAGUAAGAUAAGAAAGGCACACACGCUUACAUAAAAACAGUCAAGGUUGACAAGUGAAUAAUUAACAUGGUCAAAAUGUAGCUUGAAUAGAAUGGAUAAGUUGGUUUGUCCAGAAGCUACAAUAAGCUAUGUGAACUCGACAGAGGACCAGCCACUACAAGAUGACACUCCAACGGUCUAAAGGCCAAGGGCUUGACACAAAACGUAAACAUUUUGAGUUAUUAUGGUAUUUGAAUGAACUAAUGAUCCUUUUGUACUUGUUGAUUGCACGAUCUCAAAUUCCAAAUACAGUAUAUUCGUUUGUGUUUGUAUCUUACUUCUUAAUUCAAUUGCGUUAUUUCUGGGAUUCCUAGUUUGUACUAUAGUUCAAAUAUUAUACUGGCGUCGCGAUGGAGCCUGCGAUUGAAAAGUUAGAUAUUCAUUCAACUUCUGAGGCUUUUGAGGAUUACUUUGAAGGGUUCGAAAUCUGGGUUAUGACCAAGGAAGAUGAUGAGGACGUUAAUAUUGUAGCACAUUUCCUCACAUUCAUUGGAAAAGAAGCAUACAGCUUAUUAAGAACUCUGGCUAUGCCGGAAAAGCCUAUCUAGCUUCCUCAUACAACUAUCAAGGAACUGCUAUGUUAAUUAUACAAAUUCCGAAUGCGGUAAAGGAGGAAGAUCUCGUAAAAUGAUUCAUGAGGAUAUAAAAAAUUCCACUGCAUUUCGUCAUCCCAAGCCAGUGCAUACUCAAGGUUAUGCAGAUAAUCCAUUGAGGAGUUGCGAUGCAUUUCACGAAGAUGGGCAUAAGUUUGGUUAGUGUUUGUCUUGUGGCAAGUUCCACUCUUUUAAUUCAUGUAAAUUUCGUAAUUCUAAGUGUUUUAAAUGUGGUGAUAUUGGACAUAUUCAGUCAGUUUGUAAUACUGAUGUUCAUCUUAUUGCAACUAAUAUUAAGUCUUGUGAUUCUGAUUCUACGAAGUCGAGUAUUUAUAAUGAUGGUUUAUCUUUAUCAACGAUUGCAAUAGACAGUGUAGAGUCAUAUAGCAGUUCAGAGUUAAAUGAAACUCAGAAUUCUUGCGAGACAACAGUUUCUAACUAAUCGAUUUAUCAGAAUUCUCAUGUUAUUGUACCAGGUAUGACUUUUCCUAAUGAUUCACAUAUUUCUGAUGAAAUUCCUUGUAAAUCUGAAGAAAAUAUGCUGAGUGAACAUAAUUAUGAUCGAAAACCUGAUGUAGUUUUUAUAGAUGCUAAUUUUACUAAUGAUCCAUUACUCUACAAUGACAUUCUUAAUGAAUUUCGUGAGAAUAUUUCAGAAGAAUCAGAUCCUGAUGUCAUAUCAUAUAUUACCUAUCUUCAUAAUGCAUUUGCUCCUUGUGGAAAACUAAAUGAACUCGAUUCUGAUUACAAUUCAGAUGAUUUCAUAUCAAAUGCAGUUUAUCCUUAUAGCAAAAACACUUAUAAUGUUUACUCUAGUCAAUGUGAUAAAUAUGUUUUGAGUGAAGCCACAUUAUUCAUAACUUGGAGAUAUAAAGAUCCACCAUUAUUUCGUGGGGGAGGAUAGUGUUGAAAAAUCUAUGGUUCAAAUUCUAGAUAUUGAUGAUUUCAGUACAAAACCAACAUGCUGAUUGUAUACAAUUCCAGGUGAGUCUGUUCCGAUUUCGGUUGUUAAUUUCAAUACUAAUGAGCACAUUCUAGACACUACGGAGUUUUUAUCCAAUACAAUGUUAGACAGACUCAGGAUGAACUAAAGAAGAAGACGUACAACAUAUUACAGACAAUUAUAUUCCAAUUUAAGCUGUGGCGGAUGUGGUGAUUGAAUGAACUAAUGAUCCUUUUGUACUUGUUGAUUACACGAUCUCAAAUUCCAAAUACAGUACAUUCGUUUGUGCUUGUGUCUUACUUGUUAAUUCAAUUGCGUUAUUUCUGGGAUUCUUAGUUCGUACUAUAAUUCAAAUAAUUCGAAACAUUACAGUUAUACUCGCCGUUGGAAUCGUUGUUGUUCACUGCUGAGCAGUGCCAUACUAGGCUGAAGAAAGCAUCCCAUAUAUCCUAGUUUUCAGUGGUUGUUUAGUUAAAUUCUGUACGUUAUGUAGAUCACAUAACUCAAGUCUUCAAACAAACAUUCAAAGAGGAAUUUGAUAUGGUAAAAUGCUUUAUCUAUAGACAAAUUAACUCCGCCUGUAGCUCUUCCAGAGUUACUGCAGGUCCCGAACCCGGGUAAAGGAGGAGGGUUGGGCAUGGGGUUAGCGACCCCAUCCCGUAGAAAACUAACUCUCUAAAAAAACGCCUACCGGAAAAAAUAAUUCAAACCAUGUUAACUCUGCCCUGAAAUUUAGAAGGUCUUCAUUUAGAAGACUUAUGACGCUUCAUGGUGAAAGCCGAGUUCCUUCGGAAGCCACGAGGCCGAUGCCCCUUCUAACAACCAGAGCAAAACGUUUUAUAGGUACAUGGAACGUCCGAACAAUGUGGGAGACCGGGAAGACCAGACAAACAGCAACGGAAAUGAGGAGAUACAACUUGGCAGUACUUGUAAUCAGCGAAACCCAUUGGAUCCAAGCUGGACAACAAAGGCUAAAUACGGGAGAGAUGCUACUAUACUCCGGUCAUGAAGAGGAAAAUGCUCCGCAUACUCAGGGAGUUGCUCUAAUGCUGUCCAAAGUAGCACGAAAUGCACUUGUAGGACGGGAAUAUCACGGAUCCAGAAUCAUCAAAGCAUCAUUCAUAACAAAGAAGGAGGGGAUCACAAUGAAUAUUAUCCAAUGUUAUGCACCCACUAAUGAUAGCAACGAAGACAUUAAAGAUCAAUUCUACGAGCAGCUGCAGUCAAUCAUAGAGAAGUGCCAAAGAAACGACCUCAUCAUUCUGAUGGGAGAUCUAAAUGCCAAAGUUGAAAUAGAUAACACCAGAUAUGAAGAUAUCAUGGGACGACAUGAACUGGGUGAGAGAAACGAAAAUGGAGAAAGAUUUGCAAAUCUAUGUGCAUUCAACAAAUUAGUCAUAGGAGGCACAAUAUUUCCACACAAACGUAUACACAAAGCUACAUGAAUCUCAUCAGACCACACUACAGAGAACCAGAUAGAUCAUAUUUGUAUCAAUAAAAAAUUCCGAAGGACAAUGGAAGAUGUGAGAACCAGGAGAGGAGCUGAUAUAGCUUCAGAUCACCACCUAGUUGUGGCCGAUUUAAAACUGAAGCUAAAGAAAAACUGGACAACUGGACAAACAGUACUACAAAAGUUCAAUACAGCCUUCCUUCGAGAUACUAACAAAAUCAACGAAUUCAAGAUAUCUCUCAACAACAGGUUCCAAGCCUUACAGGAUCUACUGAACGAAGAAGAAACUACUAUGGAGGACAACUGGAAAGGUAUCAAAGAAGCAUUAAAUUCAACGUAUCAAGAGGUUCUGGGUCUAAAGAAAUACCAUCAUAAGGAAUGGAUCUCUACAGAAACACUGGACAAGAUCAAAGAAAGGAAGAACAAGAAGGCAGCAAUAAACAACAGCCAAACACGAGCAGAGAAAGUCCAAGCACAAGCUGAAUACAUAGAAGCAAACAAACAAGUGAAGAGGAGCAUUAGAGCCGACAAGAAGAAAUACGUGGAAGAACUAGCAACGACGGCAGAAAAAGCUGCAAGGGAAGGAAAUAUGAAACAACUGUACGAUACAACGAAGAAACUAGCAGGGAAAUACAGUAAGCCAGUGAGACCGGUCAAAGACAAAGAAGGCAGGCCAAUCACUGAAAUUCAACAACAGCAGAACAGGUGGGUGGAACACUUCGAGGAACUCCUGAAUAGGCCGGCUCCAAUGAAUCCACCGAACAUCGAAGCAGCACACACAGAUCUUCCUAUAGAUGUCAAUCCACCAACGACGGAAGAAAUCAGAAUAGCCAUCAGACAAAUCAAGAACGGGAAAGCAGCAGGACCCGACAACAUACCAGCUGAAGCACUGAAAUCAGACAUCGAAGCAACCACAAGCAUGCUUUACCCUCUAUUUUAAAAGAUUCGGGAGGAGGAACAAGUGCCAAUGGACUGGAAGGAAGGACACCUCGUCAAGAUUCCAAAGAAAGGAGAUCUGAGCAAAUGUGAAAACUACAGAGGCAUUUCACUACUGUCAAUACCAGGGAAAGUCUUCAACAGAGUGUUGCUGAACCGGAUGAAGGAUGCAGUAGACGCCCAACUUCGAGAUCAACAAGCUGGAUUCCGUAAGGAUCGGUCGUGCACAGACCAAAUUGCAACACUACGGAUCAUCGUCGGACAAUCAAUUGAGUGGAACUCGUCACUGUACAUCAACUUCAUUGAUUAUGAAAAGGCAUUUGACAGUGUGGAUAGGAGGACGUUAUGGAAACUUCUUCGACACUACAGAGUUCCUGAGAAGAUUGUCAACACUAUCCGGAACUAAUACGACGAACUACAGUGCAAAGUAGUGCAUGGAAGACAGCUGACAGAUGCAUUCCAAAUAAGGACCGGAGUCAGACGCGGCUGUCUACUCUCUCCCUUGCUCUUUCUUCUGGUGGUUGACUGGAUUAUGAAGACCUCGACAUCUGAGGGAAAACAUGGAAUACAAUGGACAGCUCAGAAUCAAUUAGACGAUUUGGACUUCGCAGAUGACCUGGCCCUCCUAUCGCAUACACAUGAACAAAUGCAGAUGAAGACAGCCAGUGUAGCAGAAGUCUCUGCAUCAGUAGGCCUCAGCAUACACAAAGAGAAAACUAAGGUCCUCAA